AUGCCCAAAAUCGCAGCUUUCGCCCUCCUUUGGCUCCUCGCGCCCUUUCAACUCACCGACGGCGCAAUGAUCCCUCGCCAAACUACCGACUUUGGAGUCUGCACUGAUCCCACCAUCAUUUACGUCCAAGAUCAGGAUGGUAUGCUAGGUUAUGGUUAUAAGCCCGCCAACACCGACGACUUUCCUCACGGCGCAACGGCCGAUAUAGCCACUACCAUAGACUUCAUCCGCUCUACCCUCCAAAACGCGUGCCGAGCGCCCACCACAGCCUGGUUCCUCUGCACAACCGCUUCUGCAGCGGCUAAUGGCAAAGAAGGUCAGGAUGCUGCCGAUGCAUUCAACAAUGUCAUGAAUCAAUCGUCCCCCCUAUCCGAGGCCUCGCAAGCUCCAGCGCCUGCAGUUUCUGCAGCUGCCGUCCAUCCAAGUCUAAACAUGAAGUUCUCCAAAGAAACUGUCGUCUUUGGUGAUCACCUCGAUCCGAUAUGGUGGUUCAAGGAAUACCUCAAGGCAGAUGGACAACCUGCUAUCUGCGAUGAGACGCCGCACCGCAUGCCUAACGACCACUAUAUCACCUUCACCUGCGAAGGCGCGGAUCCCAACAUCGUGCCUAUGAUGAAGGAGGCGCUCAUCGCCGUUGUCAAAGACACGAUUGACAAUACGGCGCUGCCAGACGACCAACGCAUGUUUAUGCACCGUGAGGGUCUUUGCUGGGAUGGACACAAUAACCAAUGCCACAUCACAGAAGGGUAUCCUAGCACCGUUUUCCCGCAGUCUGUACAUGUUGCUGUUGCUAUUGAAGUACCUGGCACUGGGGGUGCUGGUGCACUGUCUGGAAACCUACGCUAUAACAUCGCUGACUCUUCGUCGAACAACUGCGGCAUGUGCUCAUAUCUAUCUACCAGUGGAGGAGCUGUUUCUGCUUUGACCAGUGUUGCUCAAGUAGUGAUGGGAUUUAGUGAGUUGAUCGUUCCUGGGAUCGCUGUUGCGAACGCGGCUGUUAGCUUCUCAUGCUUGACUACGUGUUAG